AGCCACCUUCACAAGUGAAAAUUCAGCUAGACUAACGCUCAGACAUUUGAACUCAUGACGCUCAUCCUCUUCAGCGACUCAAGUCCACGCAUCUCAUUCGAUUCACGGUCAGCUGCUUCACCACCGUGGCAGCAAAAAUCUGGAAGAGUACUACACUCCCAACUGAAGUCAUGGUUCACUACAAUCCUUGGCGUUAGCUGAUGCUAGAGGAUAUUGGACAGCGACUACAAUCGAGUUCAAACUCGUAUUAGCAAGUGGACCAUCAGCAGCUAGUCGCAUGAUUGAGGUACUGACAGCUGAACUCAUCGGGGCUGCCGGCGCCUCCCUUGGCGCUGAGCGUAGAUUGUUGUCUCGCUCUCGUAUCCAGGCUCGAAUCCACGGUAUCCAUCACGUUCGAAAACGCCAAAGGUUGUGAAGAAACCACUGAAGUGGUUUAUGGAGGGGAAGUGCUCUGGGUAGCUUGGCUUAGGACCGUCAGAACACCCAAGUAUGUUGAAAGAUGAUUUGAGAGUCAAUUUUGCAGAUUUCAGUCAUUUGCAGUUGUCAAUACUAUUCCAGCAUUGAUGUGAUAUUCAAGUUAUGUGCGACUAACUGAUGUUGGGCGACAUUUCGAUCGUGUGUUUACACAUGGGGGAGGAACAGCUAUUCAGAUUAUUUCACCCCGCCCCAUGUUUAAGGUGAAAAUCUAUUUGAAAGCUUUGUCGCAAUAUCGUUUACAAUGUGAUUUCCGUGACGUGCUAUACAGGUCGCAAAGCGAGACUCAUCAAAUGGUUAUUCAGUUCCACUACACCAUACCUGUCAAACGUUCCAACUCUUGAUCGACGUACGGGACACACGGGUAAAACUUUAACUGCUUGGAUGAAGUCGUCGUUAUGCGAUCUAGAGAUGGCCAAUAUCGUUCUUCUGCAUGUAACUUCGGGAAGGGAAACGGAAUCAUAUGUGCGGUGGUACUCAACGCAGAUCGCUCAUUCAUCGCAGCCUUUCCUCCUUCAUUGAUUUUGCGAGAAGGCGAGAUCACAAAAAAUAGUAAUAGGUGUUGAGCAUUAUGGGCGUAAUCUAUUAUGUAUUAACACAUCAAGCCUACAAUUCGUCCUUCCCGUAGCUGGAGGACUUAUUCAACAGUCCUUCUCUCGGUGUGAUAGGUUAUGCAAAUUAAGAAGAGGCAGUGCCGAAAUACGAAUACAAGACAGUCCGCAUGCCCCAGUUUCUCCUAUACUCCGGACUCGCUAAGGUUUCCAAAGCAGACCGGAAUUCUCGUACCUCCUCUCCACAUACUGCCGCGUAUCAGGAAGAUUUCUCACACUGCUCAGUCCUGCAAGGUCAUCCAGUGUCGCGUCUCUUUUACAAUAACCAUACCACUCUGGCCCUUGUGCCUCCCAUCUUCGUUGUAUGGCCCCGUGCGCCUCGGGAGGUGUUCUGGAUAUUUCCCGCCUCCCGUGUUCCAUAGUCUGCCUCCUCCCAUGCUCCCCGGUGCCAGGCACCACGUAUGCCCCUCCAUGUACCGACAUAGCGAACACUGGCUGGUAUAGCCUUGGUUGCAUGUUCUGUGCAAAGUUCGUGUCAGAGUGCGUGGCAAUGCUUGUGGACAAAACUUACAUUUGGGAAAUGUCUGUUCGUAUGCAUGUCUGCUGGAGCUCGCAGUUCUGGUAGGGGCUUCGUUCUCGGGCGUGGUGUAGGUGGGGGUAGAAAAGACAUGUGUGGUGGUAAUGAGCCAGACACUGACGUGUUUAUACAGCUAUAGAGCGCUCAACGGAAAAUGGUGACAAUAGUUUUGAGAUCGGAGACCGGAGUAGGGGAUGCGUGAUAGAGCAGGGUGGCUGGAGAUGAAGAGGAUGAUGUGUGUGUAUGUGUGUGGUUCAAGAUACAACUUUCACGGGCUUCAGAAAGGAGUCAUGCAGACGAAUGGGGAUUGAUGCCAGAUCUCGGUGCCUUCUGUCAACCAAAUUUAGUAACGCCUCUAGCUCCAGUUCAAGAGAGUAUGUUUUAAGUUGACAUAUUCAGAAAUUUUCAGUUCCCCACCUUCCUUCACUCGAUAAUGCGGCGACAACGACUCCGGAUUCCGGGGCAUUCCAAACUGAUCAAUACUGUGAGAUCUAUGAUUUCGAUAGAUGAAUAAGUGCUGCGCAUACGGAGGGCCGAUGUCAAUGCCGGUUAUAAGAGCCUGUCAAAGCAGGAGGCACUGACACCUCUCUCAUUUAACGGAAUCGGAUAAUGUUUCUCGAAAAUACCUCCGAGGUCGUGUCUUUCUUCAUCUGUCUACAUUGACUUGUUUCAUGAUCGCGUCUAUCGUUACCUCUUUUGCUCGAGGCGUUGUUAAAAUCACACUAUCUUUCUCGAUUUACAUGUUGAGAGGCGUCUCUUACUUGUCAAUCUUGCGCCGGUAACCCUGGGUAAUGCGGCUAUCCUCCUAUUCUUGCUACACCGG